CAGCCCGGGGGAGGCGGUGGAGCGGGGGGGAGCGGGCGGCGGCAUGGCGGGGCCGCGGCGGCUGCUGGCGCUCCGGGCUACCGCGGCCGGGCUGCUGGUGGCCCUGGUGGCCCUGGUGGCCGUGCCCUGCGGCAGCCGGAGGCCGCCGGCGCCUCGCUGCGGGCCGCCCUGCAGCUGCUGGCGGGAGUCGGCGCUGUGCGUGGGGGCGGCCGGGGCGCCGCGGAGCCUCCCCGCCGGGCUCGGCUCCCUGAGCCUGGUAAACGGGACCUUCUCGGAGGUGAAGGACAGGAUGUUUUCCCAUUUGCCCUCCCUGCAGCUGCUCUUGCUGAACUCUAACUCCUUUACUGUUAUACGGGACGAUGCCUUCGCCGGGCUCUUCCAUCUAGAAUACUUAUUCAUUGAAGGAAACAAAAUUGAAACCAUUUCAAGAAAUGCAUUUCGUGGCCUCCGAGACCUCACCCACCUUUCUUUGGCCAAUAACCAUCUUAAAUUUCUGCCAAGGGAUGUCUUCAGUGACUUAGAUUCUCUAAUUGAACUAGAUUUAAGGGGAAAUAAAUUUGAGUGUGACUGCAAAGCCAAGUGGUUGUUUUUGUGGUUAAAGAUGACAAAUUCCACUGUUUCUGAUGUCCUGUGUAUUGGUCCAGCAGAAUAUCAGGAUAAGAAGUUAAAUGAUGUGACAAGUUUUGAUUAUGAAUGCACCACUACAGAUUUUGUUGUUCACCAGAUUUUGCCCUACCAGUCAGUGUCAGUGGAUACAUUCAACUCUAAGAACGAUGUGUUUGUAGCCAUUGCACAGCCCAGCAUGGAGAACUGCAUGGUGCUGGAGUGGGAUCACAUUGAAAUGAAUUUCAGGAGUUACGACAACAUCACAGGUCAGUCCAUAGUGGGAUGUAAAGCCAUUCUUGUUGGUGACCAAGUCUUUGUGGUGGUGGCACAGCUCUUCGGUGGCUCGCACAUUUACAAGUACGAUGAAAGCUGGACAAAGUUUGUCAAAUUCCAGGAUAUCGAAGUGUCUCGCAUUUCUAAGCCGAAUGAUAUAGAGCUUUUUGAGAUAGACAGUGAGAUGUUUUUUGUCAUCGCAGAUAGUUCCAAAGCAGGUUUGUCCACAGUGUACAAGUGGAAUAACAAAGGGUUUUACUCCUACCAGUCCCUUCACGAGUGGUUCAGGGACACUGACGCCGAGUUCGUUGAUAUAGAUGGGAAAUCCCAUUUAAUCCUCUCUAGCCGCUCGCAGGUCCCCAUUAUACUCCAGUGGAACAAAGCUUCCAAGAAGUUUGUCCCACACAGUGAGAUCCCCAACAUGGAAGAUGUCCUGGCUGUGAAGAGUUUCAGGAUGCAGAACAACCUGUACAUCACACUCACCAGGUUCAUCGGUGACUCCAGAGUAAUGAAAUGGAACAGCAAACAGUUCGUGGAGAUACAGGCUCUUCCCUCCCGAGGAGCCAUGACGCUGCAGCCUUUCUCCUUUAAGAAUAAUUACUACCUAGCCUUGGGAAGUGACUAUACGUUCUCCCAGAUAUACCAGUGGGAUGGUGAAAAGAAGAUCUUCAGGUUAUUUAAAGAAAUCUAUGUGCAGGCGCCGCGUUCUUUCACAGCUGUGUCAACGGAUCGAAGAGAUUUUUUCUUUGCCUCCAGUUUUAAAGGAAACACACAAAUAUUUGAACAUAUCAUCAUCGACUUGAGUUUAUGAAAAGCUGCUGGAUUGAAAUUCAUGUAGAAUGACAUUUAUACACAAGCAAAACAGUGACCUUUCCGAGAACAGGGAGCACCUAUGGAGUAUGAUGACAUUUUCUGAACUUUUAAAACUUGCAUAUUAAUCAGGGAUUGCAUUUACUCGGUUGCUGCAUGACAUGUCCGUUCUAUCCUUUUUCAAAGACACUUUGCAACCUACAGCCGUUCAGAUGAGUGUGCAGUGCAUUAGGAUUAAUUUUGACAUCUAAGAACGAUAUAAAUUUUACCCAGAAAACUACCUUAGAUUGGACAUCUCAUAAUGAAAGCAACACGGAAGCCAUACCAUUUCUAUGCUUCGGCAGAGAAAUGCUUUUGACUCUUUAGCUAAGAUCUCAGCAAAGAUUUUAAGAUUAGAAGCAGGUCCUCAUGCUUGCUGAUGAAUUGUAAAAGCAAACGAACAUUCCGGAAUACACUUCAUUUUGUUUUCUCGAGCUCUAUCUUCAAAAUCUGUCUUUGUGGUUUGUAGUAAGACCAAGGUGUCAUUUUAACUCAUUGUAGAUUAAAAGGAAAGUCAAAAUCUAUUGCCAUUUUUCUUAUAUUAAUCACUAUUUCAGCAACAAAUUGUACGUAACCAAGAGCCCAGCCCAGAGUACCUGGGUGGCCAGGAAAAUAAAGGUAUUUUGCUUCUAGACUGUGAGAUCUUAACAAGUUAAUACAGACUGAAAAUAACAGCGGGCUGCUUGGUGCCUUGAGUGCACUGACUAUAGAUUCAGUCUACUUUGUGGAUUAAUAGGUAUUCCAGAAAUACAUCUCAUUGUGCCCUAAUUCACACUCUUCCUGAUGAUCCCGGUAGAUUCUGGGGUGUUUUACCAAGGUCUUAUUCUUCCACAAGACACAGCUUAAAUUUUAGUUUGUAACAUGCAUCUACAUUCAUGUUCUUCAUGCUGCAGCUUGUCUGUACACAAUGAGAUGAUUUAUUCUUCUGAGUUCUCCCUCCAGCACAGCUCACAAGCAAUAAAUUCAGGUUUUGAUCAUCACAAGCUGUACUCGGGGAAUCUGAGAACCAAACUGGACUUUGUUGUCACCAGGUCUUUUGAAACUGAGGCAGCUAGAGCUUACCCUGGCUCCAAGAAGAAGAGUUUCCUUUUGGUGGCCCCAGACUUUUGCUGGGUUGCCAAGCUUUCAAAAGUCUUGCAGGUUGUACAGCAGGAUGUGAACAGUCCACGUCUCGUUGGUGUUUUGGGUGGCUACAGAAUAAGGCGUUCAUUUAUCUUAGAUCUGGCAGCAGUCCUGGUGUGCACAGAGCCUCUGGCAGGGUAACAGCUGGGGACCAUUCUCCUGGAAAGGCUCCAACAUAUUUACCCAACGAAGUUGUAUUGCAGAAGCCUUGUUUGUUUUGGUUGUUGUUUUCAUGUAUACAAUAUUUUCUUUGUCUUCAUACUGCAUCGCCUGUUAGGUUGUUUUAUCAUGAGUCUUGCUGCUGCACUUCCACACUGGCUAAUAGCAAGGCUUUGUGUAAAGCAAGUGGAGCAAAUAAAAAUGCCCUUUUUUUCCAUGCUCGAGUAUCUCACUGCCUCUGUGCUGAGUGAGCUUCGGGUUUCUGCCCCGGCCACACACAUGAAACAUGACCUAAUACCAAAAAUAGGGAUGUUUUGACAGGCUUUCCAACAUCCAGAUGUGAACAGCGAUGCAGACGAGGAUUCUGCACAAGGACUCCCAGGAGGAGUCGCAAUCUACCAGCAACCUGGAAUAUCACAGCCUUCUCCAAGGUUUGCCUUGCUGCUGUGAAAUAAAAGUUAUUACUGGCCCGUCAGAGACAUAACUUAUUUUAUUCUGUUUUUAAGUUAUGUGUUAAUUUUUUUUUUUUUCUCUUUUUUUUUUUUUUUUUUUCCUGUAUAGGUGCUCAUUCUGGUUUUAUUUUUAAUUAAAUGGGCAGUUUAGCCCAUCCACCUGCCUGAAGCAUUGAUGUUUUGCCCUCCAAAUCCUAGCGUGGUGUCAGUCCUGUGGCUUCAAUCAGACCAGCAGAUAGAUGCUCUUUCCUUUCACCUCGCAUACCAACAUCAGCAGUAGGUUUUAGCAAUACCUCUCCUUGGACUAAACUAACAAACCCACAAAACUGAGAGAUGAUUUAUGUAUCUGCCAGUGAAUGAAAUUUCUUACCAUUUUCUUAGUUAACUUUUUAACUUCAGAUAUGGCUGACAAGCGAUGUUUCUUUAAAUUGUGUUGUGGGAAGGCAUUUUUUUAGUCCUUUCCUGUCUAGCAUGCACGUUUGAACGCGGUCACAUAUUCUGACAAGGAGGGGCAAUUCUCAGCACUUUCUUUAGGGCUCGCUGCUAGUACCAUAUGCUUAGCAAAGGCACAAGUCCAAGAGCUAAAAGCUGAUUUAGAGAAAUUGGAUCUUGAUAUUUUUGAUUUGAAGGGAAGCAAGAGUAUGGCACAGAAGUGCUUUUGUAUCCAAUAGUCGGAAAUGGUACCGUUGUGAGAGAGUCCCGGGGAUUUGAGACUUGGCUAUCAGGUUGAAUUAAAUUAAAAUGGUCUCUGCAGGGACGGGCUUAAUAAAGAGGAUAAAGCGAUCAGCGGGAGCCUCGCUCAUUCACACGGGACCAGAAGAAGAAAGCGAGGGGAAUGAGUUCUGUGGGCAGGCUGCAUCGCUGCCGAGUAGCUCUGGAGGUUGGUCGGAAAGCUGGGCUCAGCGUCCUGGCCCAGCUUCAGGAGGAGGCUGGGUCGGCAGCUGCUGCCUGUGGGGCCGAGUUAGUCAAGAGGCAGGGUAAAAAAGGACCUGUUAAUGAAAAAAAAGGGAUCACGGAACACUUCUCAGGAUUUAAUGAAGGCAGGGUCUCAAAAAAAGCCUCGCUGUGCUCUCCCUGCUCCCAAGGAAGAGCUCCAGGAGCAGCCAAGCAACUAAAACUCUGCCUUCCCAAACGCAACAAGGGUUUUUCCUCCAUGGCCUAUAUUCUGUACUAAAAAUUGUUAUACGCAGCACAUAAUCUAUGCAUAUCCAGACUUUACUGCAGCUGUGAGAACAUCAGGACGGUGAGAAAGGAUAACAGCACAUGCCACCUGGUAAUUUUUAUUGUAUUCUAAAAUACGUACAAUAAUGUAAAGAACUGUAGUUUAUAUAAACAUAGGUUUAAUAUGGUAUGCUAGCUACAGCGGGAACAUUUUAAGGCUGUAUAUACAUUUAGCUUUUUUUUAGUAAAGAGAUAAUGUAAUCUAUGCCACUGACAAAUGUAUGUACUCCUUCAGUCGCUAAAUAAAAAGUAGUUAAUGAGA